GAACGUCAAGAGAGAAUGGGGUGACUACAGACUUAUACCGUCGAGCGUCUGUGGCAUUGCGGGCAUAAUCCAUUUCAUCUACACACUGAUAACGAAUCCUACUUCACAUCCGUAUCCCUCCUUCGCAACAACGCUUGUCGAAACUUUUCUCCUCUCUAUCAUUUUCAUCACACACACUCUCGAUAUCCUAACCCGCCUGCUUCUGUCUCCUCCGUCCCCAGCAUGUCAUGGCUCGCACCAUCUUCAUGGAGUACGGCAGUGCCGGGUAUGUCCCUCCUUUCGCACUCUGAUCAGUUCAGCGAGGCGCUAGCAAAGGUCGGAAUGGCAUGUUUGGAUGCGACAAAUUUCGUGGGGCUCGCCAAUGAAGUAGUGGGUGUUAGGCGUACUUCAUUGUUGGAGAAUGAUGAUGCAAAGGAGAAGGAUGUACUGAGGUUGGGCCCUAGUGAGGUCGUCCUGCCUUCCGAAAGCCCUUCAAAUGGUGCGCUGAACACUUCGUCAGCAGGAACGAUCGGCCGGAACGGGUAUACUUUAUUGCAGAGGGGUCGUUCACGGAGAGGAUUUGGGAACGAAAUACAACGUGUACUUCCUUUGCUUGGCACCUCAUCUGGACCUACAGUUUUCUCCGGUCCCGCGCCGUUAAAUCCUUCCUCCUCUGACUCUCAAAUCUCACCAUCAUUUAUGCCUCCAAGUCCAUCUAUAGGAGGUUACUGGUUUGGAUCCGCCCACCAUCCUGAGGUUCGUGGAUUAUUAAGAAGUUUGAAGAUGUGGUGGAUUGGGUUUGUGAUAUGGCAGGUAAGGUUUGUGAGGAAUCUAUUGGGCAGUCGGGGAAGGGAUGAGGCGCGGGCAAUGAACGAGGACGAGAGGAGGGAGCUGAGGGCUGCAACGACAAGUGUUCUGUGGGGUAUUUUAGGGAGAAUGUCGCCGCCACGUUCGAGCGACAGGCAUGCUGAGGACAGCAGAUUACCUGUGGAUGUAGCAAGGGGAAUUGAUAACGAAGAGGAUGAUGAUGAUGAGUACGUUCCUGACUUGGGACACGACACGAGUGAGAGCGGAUGGACAACGGACGAUAGUGACGAGGGCGACGAUACCCGACGAUCUGUCACAUCCACUAAUUCAUCUGUUGAUCGUUCACCUCAUGUUGCAAACGCUCCCCGCUUCGCAAUUCCCAGCCGGGAGACAACCCCAUUUGAUAACGAGCUUCCGGACGCAUCUGAAUUAGGUGCCCUCAUAUCGGACCUCUCUCUGUCUGAGGCUUCAGCGCUUCUAGCACGCCUCUCCUCGCCUGGACACCGACACGAUGUUCCAACUUCGCCUCCACGAGCCUUGACACGCAGUGGAUAUUCCCUCCUUUCUUCCACACUCGCCCUUCGGCAAGCUCGCCGUCCUCCAUCAGAACAGGAGAACGAUCCCUUACGAUUCAAUUGUGUGAUAUGUACGGUGGAGCCCAGAGUAGUUAUUUUUUGGCCGUGCAGGUGUCUGGCACUUUGCGAUGAAUGUCGGAGUGGUUUGGCAGCAAGGAGUAGUAGUGGAAAGCAUACUUGCCCUUGUUGUCGGCAGACUGUGGAGGGCUAUUCGCGCAUUUUUAUCCCUUAGAUUAGUUCUCAAUGUAUUAUAAUGCCUAAUCCUUCAUGAAAAAAGAUGGAUUCACAGCUGAGCAUGUGCAUACC